CCCUUGCGGUGAUCCGUCCUUUCAUCCUGGCGUUUGCCUGCAGCAAGAUGGCGGCGGUCUCAGUGUCAGUGGCACUGAGGCAGACGUUGUGGCGGAGAAGGGCAGUGGCUGUAGCUGCCCUUUCCGUUUCCAGGGUUCCUACCAGGUUGUUGAGGACUUCCACAUGGAGAUUGGCACAGGACCAGACUCAAGACACACAACUCAUAACUGUUGAUGAAAAAUUGGAUAUCACUACUUUAACUGGUGUUCCAGAAGAGCAUAUAAAAACUAGAAAAGUCAGGAUCUUUGUUCCUGCUCGCAAUAACAUGCAGUCUGGAGUAAACAACACAAAGAAAUGGAAGAUGGAGUUUGAUACCAGGGAGCGAUGGGAAAAUCCUUUGAUGGGUUGGGCAUCAACAAAUGGAGUCUCGCUUUGUUGCCCGGGCUGGUCUCGAACUCCUGGCUUCAAGCGAUCCACCCACUUCAGCCUCGGAAAGUACUGGGAUUUCAGGGCCGAUCCCUUAUCCAACAUGGUUCUAACCUUCCGUACUAAAGAAGAUGCAGUUUCCUUUGCAGAAAAAAAUGGAUGGAGCUAUGACGUUGAAGAGAGGAAGGUUCCAAAACCCAAGUCCAAGUCUUAUGGUGCAAACUUUUCUUGGAACAAAAGAACAAGAGUAUCCACAAAAUAGGUUGUCACUGACUAUAUCUGUGCUUGACUGUGAAUAAAGUCAGCUAUGCAGUAUUUAUAGUCCAUGUAUAAUACAUCUCUUAAUCUCCUAAUAAAUUUGACAUUUAAACUACA